AUCUACUUUCAUCAUGUUCACCAAGACUAUCUUUGCCCUCGCCCUCGUGGCCGCUGCUGCCUCUGCUCCUUCUCAGCCAGCCUAUGGAUAUGUUCCUGAGCCUGCCUAUGAGGCCCCUGCCAAGUACAACUUCAACUAUGCUGUGAAGGACGACUACUCCGGUAACGACUUCGGUCAUCAGGAAGCUCGUGACGGUUACGAUACUCAGGGUUCUUACUACGUGCUCCUUCCCGACGGUCGUCUGCAGAAGGUCGCCUACACUGUCAACGGCGACUCUGGUUACGUGGCCGAGGUCAGCUACGAGGGUGAGGCCCAGUACCCUGAGUACAAGCCUGCCUACAAUCCAGCACCUUCUUAUAAGCCUACCCCCGUCUACGCCUAAAUACAUUUCAUAAUUAUGGAUAUUUAUUAAAAUGACUGUCUACUAA